GCGCCUCACGGGGCGCUGGGCUGCACUGUUCGGGGGCCAGGCUGCCCGCACUUCUGCAGAGGACUGCCCGAGACACCGCCCCAAUGGCCGACGACGACGACGACGCCGCGACGACGCCCCUGCCACCGGUGCGGAGCCUCUCCCCACCAACAGAAGCAGAGGCUCCCGCUCCCGCCGCCGCGACGACGCCGCCGCUGCCCCCCGUCGUCCGCAAGAAGUCCUUACUGCCGGCCUGGCUUCUCGAAUCCCAGCGGUCGCUCGACGCCGUCGCGGCCUCGCAAGGAGAAGCGCGAGCUGGUAUUGAGAGACUGCGGACCUCGCUCAAGUGUUUUGAUGCGCUCGUCAAGGAACGAGACGCGCCUCCACCAGAACCCGUCGACGAGGCGCCCGAGGUCGUGCCCGAGCGCGGUCCACACACCGUCGAUGAUGAUUGUGGGACGUACGUGUGUCAAUUUCUGGAGGGUGAUUCUCUACUGAUAUAUGCGCGCUGUUCUUCGUCCACAAAACGGUGGAUGGACGAAAGUGUCGGCGACGCGGUCUGGCGGUCUCUCUUUCGUAGAGACCAGCUCGAGCGGUGCCCUUGGUUGGCAUCAGAUGAAAAUGAUGAUGAGAAGAGCUGCGUUUUGAGAAGCGCAGCUGUGGCCGGUCUCGCUCUGAAAUUUGUGCAGGAGUUCGGCGGGGAGAUAUCUUCACGUAGAAGAUCGGACAUCGAGCCCCGGACACUUUCAAGUAGAAGACGCGGCGAGGUGUCGCAUCCCCUGCCGGGUGCUGGCGCGUUUGCGGGCGACGUCGUUGCUAGGGUGCAUUCGCUGGGCGCGGAAGGUAGAAAACGCGCAUUACCAGCACUGGAAGCUUGUUGCCUCGCGGCGUGCGCGCACUGGUCGGUGGGUGCUUCUCGUUUAGUUGAUGCGGGCGGCGUCGCGCUCUUUGUGGCCUUCUUAUCCAACGAACUCGGUGCCUUGCGCGGGCUCGCGGCGGCUACUUUAGCUAAUCUGAUCUGUUGUGCCCAACGGCAGGACGCGGUGUUGGACCAGCUGCGAGCGUGCGAUGCGCGGCGACCCUUAGCGGCGUUAUUGUCCUCGCCGACAGCUAGAGUGGCCCUCCACAUCCCGUCGCGGCCCUUCGCUCACUUAAAUGCCUCAUCUCCCCAGCAGCGCAUGCGCCAGGCCGCCCAGGCUCAGGCCGACUUGAGAAGGAGGGAGCGCGACUCGUACUGCCAGGCUCCUGGGUGUCGAGCCGCCGCUCGCGCAUUGAACAACUUGAUGCUGCCCCAUCACAGUAUUGCUUUACCACCGGACACCUUCUCGACAACAGAUGAGUCUGCUUUCCUCUCCACGAAUGAAUUUGAGUUCAUAUGCCACCACUCGAGUGGCAGUCUCAGAGAUUGUGCCCCAAUAACGCUGACGAUCGACGACGACGAGAUCAGUGGCCGCGGCAUGGAUUCACUCGGCGAUUUUAGUGUCAGAGGCACGGCGAAGCGCGAUAGCUUGGGUGCCAAAGUGUUGCAUUUUUCGAAGACGUACGGGACGGAGUUCGAGGCGCGAGCUGGAAGAUCCGGCCACGUCGCGCACGUGUUGUGGAGUGGCGCGGAGGACGAGGGCUACUUCGGGGUCUGGGAAGUUACCAGUAGUGAUGCGCACUUCGAGUUACGAAGAGGCGGCCCUUGUCGGCUGGUGCCUUUGACGGGCGACGUGCCGCAGUGGCCUUCCAUUAGGCAAUUGCCGCCGAUCGCGCGCGACGGGCGCUUCGUGCCGUAAGUAUCUCGUGUGUUU